CCGAUCUCGCCCUUCUGUCCUGAGCCUGCGCCGAUGCUCCUGCCGCUGCUGCCUUCAUCUCCGACCCUCCCUCCCCACAGCACUACACAGCUCCUAUUCCCACGCCUGUCCCUACCUCCCCCACCCCCAUCACCUCCAGCCUCCUGAGCUCUUACCUCACCCAGCCUCGUUCCCAUCCCCCAGCCGCACCAACCUCCCUGUUCCCCUCCUCAUCACCCCAGCUUUCUGCAUCUCCCACCCCCUUAGCCUUCCAUCCCCACUGUUGCCUCUUAUAUUCCCCCCCAGCCUGCCGCAAUUCCUCUCUUUCCCAUCCCACCCACUCCGUUAGCUUCCCUCAGUUCCUACCUUUCUUUCCCGUUCUUCACCCCACCCCCAGCCUCCCUCUGCUCUAGGCCCCCACCGCCACCCUACCUCCCACUCCCCUGAACCCUCCUACCCUCAGUACAACCCCAACCAAUUUUCUCCCCUACUCUACCGUGCCUUAUCUCAUCUCGGCAGGGUUCCCAGCUUUCCACCUCCCUCCCGGAGCUGGAACCCAAGCCGAGGUGGCAGGGGACGCUGGACAGAGAGACAGACUGACAAGCCUGGACACGGGACUGGGCCUGGCACCGGCGCGGAGGGCGGGAUUAGGGAGCUGCGGCCCGGACUAGAGGAACAGCAGCAGGUGCUGAGCUCAAGGAGGGGGAAAGGAGGAGCCCUGAGCUGGAAGGGGCGGGCGCUGAGCUGGGGUGGUGGUUGGAGAAAAGAGGGAGGAAGAGGUUGGAGUCCCCAGACCCUGUGGAGAGAGGCACUGGACGCAACCAGAGGGCUUCCGGUGAAGGUGGCAAGGGAGGGGGUGGGGGGCUGGGACUAGUGGGAAGGUGAGAGAAAUAGAGAGAGUUAGGGUUGCAGGAGGCUGGGCCUGAGCUGUGGGAUGGGGAGAGUGGCUAGGGUCAGUAGGUAAGGGGAUAGGUUCAGCGGGUGAGGCUGGGGGUUAUUGAUAUGGGACAAUGGAGAGGCUCAGGAAAUGAUUGGGGCAAGAGCAGCCUGUGGGAGGAGAGCUGAUGGCCAUAACAUCGGGAAAUGGGGAAGUGAACUAGGGGCUUUGGGAGCAAGAGGUAAGGAAGGUGGGGAAUUGCCUGUUGGACUACAUGACUGCUUUCCAACUCUGACUUGGGGUGGAGGGGGUGACAAGAUCAGAAGGUGGGUCUGCUUUGGGGAUUGAGAGGCCAGAUAGGGCUAGGCUGAUAGGACCCCCCCCCCAUGGGGGAGGCCUAGGGAGGGCCUGAGCCAUGCUGUCCCGAAAGGGAAUCAUCCCUGAGGAGUAUGUACUGACUCGGCUAGCAGAGGAUCCAGCAGAGCCCAGGUACCAUGCCCGGGAGAGGAGAGCCCGCUUUGUGGCCAAGAAUGGCAACUGCAAUGUAGCCCACAAGAACAUCCGGGAACAGGGUCGCUUCCUUCAGGAUGUCUUCACCACCCUGGUGGACCUCAAGUGGCACCACACGCUGCUCAUCUUCACCAUGUCCUUCCUCUGCAGCUGGCUACUCUUUGCCAUGGCCUGGUGGCUCAUUGCUUUUGCUCAUGGUGACCUGGACCACAGCACCAGAACUGAAGCUGGGGAUAAUGAUGCCACCUUCAUACCCUGUGUCACCAGCAUUCACUCCUUCGCUUCUGCCUUCCUUUUCUCCAUCGAGGUACAGGUGACAAUUGGCUUUGGGGGUCGCAUGGUGACUGAGGAGUGUCCACUGGCUGUCCUAGUGCUGAUUGUGCAGAACAUCGUUGGGCUCAUGGUCAAUGCCAUCAUGUUGGGCUGCAUCUUCAUGAAGACAGCCCAAGCCCACCGCCGGGCCGAGACACUCAUCUUCAGCAAGCAUGCGGUCAUUGCCAUGCGCCACGGCCGCCUCUGUUUCAUGCUCCGAGUAGGUGACCUCCGGAAGAGUAUGAUCAUCAGUGCCACCAUCCGCAUGCAGGUGGUCCGGAAGACCACCAGCCCUGAAGGCGAGGUUGUACCCUUGCACCAGGUGGACAUCCCUAUGGAGAACGGUGUGGGUGGCAACAGCAUCUUCCUGGUGGCUCCGCUUAUUAUCUACCAUGUCAUUGAUGCCAAUAGUCCCCUGUAUGACCUCGCCCCCACUGACCUGCAUCACCAUCAGGACCUGGAGGUGAUUGUGAUAUUGGAAGGUGUGGUGGAGACCACGGGCAUCACUACACAGGCCCGAACCUCCUACCUUGCGGAUGAGAUCCUCUGGGGCCAGCGCUUUGUUCCCAUUGUGGCCGAGGAGGAUGGCCGCUACUCAGUGGACUACUCUAAGUUUGGCAAUACUGUUAAGGUGCCCACACCUGCCUGCACUGCCCGCCAGCUGGAGGAGGACCGAACUCUCCUGGACUCCCUCCCUCUCGCCUCUCCCAAAGGGCCCCUCCGAAAGAGGAGCCUGGCUUCAGCCAAGCCCAAAGCCAAGCCCAAGUUCAGCAUCUCCCUUGAUGCCUUGUCCUGAGGCCUGCCUUCACUAUGUGGGCCAGCUCAAACUCCCCAGCCUUUCCUCCCUCCCAAUACUGCCAUAUUUGAGUCCUUAGGGUAGAGACCUAAUCCAUCAACCCUGCAUGAAGGAGGUGGGGAAUGGCCUUUGGUCCAGCAGAGCCCUCUGUUUAUUUACUGAGCUGCUAGGAGCUGGCAGUGAUUUCAGGGCUUCCGUGUCUCCUGACUAUUGCUCAGGGGUGUUAUGGGGUAUUUAUCACUGAGCUAUUUAUGGGCUCACCAGGUCUCAGCUGCAUUCAGCUAUUUUUGUCUCUGCUCUUCCAAGCACUAACACAGGACUGGCUCAGCCCCCCUCAGGAGGCAAAGGAGACCUAGCCUGGGCUGGGGGAAGGGAGGUUUGGGACAAAUGCCCUAGUCUGAGAGUUGGGGUUCAGAGUCCAAUAUAAGAGCACUGACCUAUGAACCAGCAAUCAGCCUAGUCCUGAGGCAGGUGGGUGCAGCUUCCAAAAUACCAUCUUCUCUGUCCCUCUCAAUAUCUCAUCCCCCAGCACCAGCACCACCAACUAAGAUUGCAUAACCUUUCUUUCUCUGUCCCCAUAAUUUCCCAUCUCUGGGGGAAGUAGGGCCCUGAGCCAACCACAGAAUGGAAGUCUAUAUCAGAGCCAGGGUGGAGGACAGCCAAGCAAGGAAGGGAAGGAUGAAAGUCUCCCGAUAGAGUCCAAGGCCAGACAGUCAUAGCCUCCUCCACCAAUACUCCCUCUCCCAAAAGCUGCAGAUAGUACUUGGCUCUGGGGACAAUAGACUAACUUUGGGAGGAGGGUUCCAGGGUUUCUGAGGAUGAGAAGAGUUUGUCACUGCACUGUCAGACACAGCCACAGAAAGGGCCCUAGGUGUGAGGCAGAGGGAGAGCACAUGGGAAAACAGUCUCCCCAAGCACGGUUGCAAUGGGUGCUGGAUGCUAUAGGAGAAGGGAAUACAUACUGGCUUGGGAGCAGGGGAGGGGAGUGUAUUUCUAUAGGCAUUUGAUGGCUCAGGAUGAGCAUCAUUCUUGGAGUUAAAGUGAAGUAUGAUCCUGAGCAAUCUUCAAUCUCGAUGCUGUUACCAUGAACAGGGGAUGUGCUGAAGAAGGAACAGACUAUGCUGUGUGUGCUUUCCCAGACCUGUGCCAUCUCUGGUUUGUAAAUAAAACCUCUCCCUCUUAUAUCCUUA